UUGUCCUUGUCCCUUACUGUGCAGCAACGGCUCUUUGCCUCUCCGGCUUUUGGCACAGCUUGAUCCAUCAAUUACACGAAUCAAGCCAUCAAUUAGUUUAUCGCUGCGACAUCGUACUCAUCGUUCUCGAGAUGGGGAUGGGAGACUACUCACCUGGCAGCAUUUGGUACUACGCACCAAACAAAGCCGCACCCAUAGUCUUCAUUAUCCUCUUCUCCAUCUCCGGAGCGCUACAUGCGUGGCAGACAAUCAAGCACAAGUCAUGGCGAACAACAAUCCUCUUGCCAUGGGCCGCUCUUCUGAUGAUCAGCGGCUUCGCAGUGCGUCUUGCAGGCGCAUACGAUACUGAUAAUCUAGCAUACCUCAUAGCUUCAACCGUUCUCAUCAUGUCUGGGCCACCAGUGUACGCACUCAUCAACUACUUCAUAUUGUCAAGGUUACUCUACUAUAUACCCUACCUGGCACCUCUUCACCCAGGUCGUGUAGCAACGACGUUCAUCGGCCUCGACGGCGUAUGCGAGAUACUCAUCGGACAGGGUGCAUGGCGUAUGGCCAACUCUAGUUCCACCGACGCAGAACGACAGCUUGGCUCGGAUCUCGUCACCGCAUCGCUCUGUCUCCAGGCAGCACUCUUCGGCGCAUUUGGCCUCCUCGCUGCACAGUUUCAUCGACGUGCUAACAAAGCCGGAGUACUCAGGCAGGACCUGCGCAUCGUACUAUACGUCAUGUACGUGAGUGCGACUAUCGUAACAAUACGCUGCAUAUAUCGCCUCGUGGAAUACAUCCUCGGCUGGGAGUCUUCCAUAUAUCAAAACGAGAUCUACUUCUGGAUCUUCGAAGCUGUUAUUAUGUUCCUCAACACUGCUCUACUCAAUCUGUGGCAUCCGGGUAAACGUCUACCUCCAUCCAACUCCGUUUUCCUAGCUCGCGAUGGCGUGACUGAACGCAAAGGACCUGGCUGGGGUGAUGAUAGGCCGUGGAUCAUUACCAUGUUCGACCCUUUUGAUCUUUGGGGCUUAGCCAAGGGGAGGGAUAAGAAGACGCAGUUCUGGGAUAUGAGUGAUGCAGAACUGGAGGCGGCUAGGGCAGAGAAGAAGAGGAAUAAGCGAGGAGUACUUAAGGGCUUGGUCGACCCUUUUCAUCUUUGGGGUGAAAGGGGAUACAUUGGCAGGUAUCUGAAGAAAGACAAGAGAGGCAGCGCGAAAAGCAACGAGGGUCGGGUGCAGCUCAGACACGUCGAGCAUCAGAAGUACAGCGGCAAACGUAUAGAUGAGGCAGUCUGAGGAGUGGCGCCAAUGAUGAUCAGAUCUAUGGACUCUUCUCCUUACCUAUUUCUCGUUCUUCCUAUCAUGACUGGUUAUCUCAUGCUUUCAUCUUAUCUACUUUCUGUACAUCCUCGUAGUCUCCAGAACCGCCUUUCGUUGAGACAAACAUUG